AUGUUUAUUCUAAUUUUCUUAAAUUUUAUAAUAGGCACUUAAGGUGUGAAUAGAAAUGAGAGCAAAGUUGUAUUGACUGAUUUGUAAUGCUUUUGAAUGAAUGCUAGUUUUGAUUAAAAUUCGCCAGUUUUCGUAAUAGCUCCUUUUUAUGAAUCAUAUACAAUAGAUUUAUUUGACCCAGAAGAUGUAUUAGAAAACACUAGCUUUAGUAAUUUAAAUUCUACAAACUAAAAUUUGACCUUUUAAAUGACUCCUUUCAUAGAGAAUACAUAUGAAACUUUAGCGUAAGACAUUGUUGCAUCUUAGGUCAUCAUUUUGUCCAAUUGAUGAAUGGAGUCCUUUAUAUUAACCUGUUCGUUUCUAUCUUAGUUUAACAGCAUUAGAUCUUUUAUUUUAUAAUUAAAGUGAUAAUGAUAUAGUUUAAGUCUAAAAUGGAGUGCAUAAAGAUUUAUAAGAUUUAGAUGAAACUUUUUUAAAUAUUUCUUGUUAUUCCAUAUUUUAAAUAAGAAAAGAUAAUCAAUUUGGAUUGGAUUGCGAUGUUAAUAAUAAUGCUACCUUUCUUAUAUUUGAUUUAGUAUUUGAUGAAUAAUCGUUGAUUAUAGUAAAUUUUACUUUUAACACUUAUUAUUAUUAUACUUAUAAAGAUGAAGAAAAUGAGAAUUUCAUUUAAAGAUGUGAAUUUAGAAAAACUAUUAAUGUAAAUAUCCUUGAUGCAAUUAAUGAAAUAAAAUUUGAAUUGAUUUAGUAUUGUCCAAGUCUUUUUAAUUAAUUAUCCAAGACUAAUGAAUUUUUAAUAAUUUAUCAUUCAAAGGAAGUUAAAAAAAAUUAAACAUGGGAAUUGAAGGCCUAUAAAUCAAAUAUAACAGAUUUAAACUCUUGCAAGAUGGAAAAUGAUUCUAUGAUUGAAUAGAUAUUUGUAAACUCAAUGAUUAAUGGAUAUGAUAAUACUACUUGGAAUGUUGGUUUUUUAUUUUAAUCAUCUCCUUCAAUCUGUAAAUGUAACAUUUAAGAAAUGUUUGAAUCUAAUUAUAACAUAAAUUGCAACAGUACAAUAAUUGAGCGUAUUUAAAUUGAUAUUUUAUAGUCUAUCAGCCUAAUUAAAUUAGGAUAGUGUAAAAUAUGAAUGAUGAAUUAGUUUUAGUGACUGGCACUAAUAUUGCACUUUUAGUUAUUUAUUUGGAAAGAUCAUAUGAAUCUGAAAACUAUUUUACUUUAAGUUAUAAAUAGAUUUUUGAGCCAGGUUAUUUAUUGGUUGAUGUGUCAAUCACUUGUCAAUAUUUAGCUGUUAUUAUGACUAAUUCUCCUUAGGCUCAAUAAAUGUCUCCUUUCUUUUCAAAACCCAACAUUUACUGUUCGAUAUAGCCAUCUGAAGAUACUAAAAAUAUAUUGAAAAUUUUCUACUUGAACGCUGAAUAUAAUACUGUUUAUUAUCAAUCCAACACUUUCAAUUAAUUUCAGAGUUUUUUUUAGAGUUUAAAUUUUUUAGACUUUGGAAAUUUCCUUUUAUUAUAUAAUUUCUUAACUUAGUAACUCAACGUUAUUACAUUAUUUCAGAAGUAAAAUUAUUAUCUUUAUAUAUUUAGAUAGAUGAAUGUAUCUUAUUAGUUGGGUUAGCAAAAUAUAUCCUAAUCUUACAAUCAACAAAUUGCACCUAUUAUUGUAAUCAUUUUUAUUAUCAUUUAGAUCUCUUUCAAUAUCUCAGGUGGAUAUUUUGCAUAUGAUUAAUUCAAUAAUACUUAAAAUUACAAUAAAUUAACUUUCUCAAGAUACAUAAUUUUAUGUUUUAUCAAAUUAGAAGAUAGUAGCUUUCAAUUGAUUGCCCAAAGACAUAAACUUAAUGAGAAAGAAUAAUAAAAUUUAGCUUAAUGUCCAAUUAGCAAAGAUUUAUUUGUAUUUCAAGCAAUUAUAAAUUCAAUAGAUUUAUUUGAAGGGGUAUUUUCUUUUAUAUACUUUCUGUAGAUUAUGGGACCCUUUUUAAACUUUAAUUAUGUUCCUAAUUACAAUAUUAGCAGGUUUUAUCCUUAUUACUAAAAUCACAAAGCUAUUAUAAAGUAAAAUCAAUUCAUCAAUUUAAAUAAUUAAAACAAAAUACAAUAAGUAUUUAAUGUGUUGAGUGCUGUGAAUAAAAACAUCCUCAUCACUUCAAAUAUUUUUGGAAUUGUUGAGAUUCUGCUUACCUAUUAGUCUAAUAAUAUAUCUUAGAAUAGCUCACAUUCUAACUAAGCCAUAAUUUUUAAUAAAACUUGUAUCAUAAAUGCAAAAGAAUAUGUAAUAAUUAUACUCCUAUCUAUUUUUUUAGCCUAAUUUUGAAAAGCAGUUUCCAAUAAAUAUUGAAAUUUAGGAAUGUACUGAAGUGAACUACAGAGAUUUAAGCAAAUUUCUUACUCAAGUAGAUUAUUUCAAAUAAUUUGAAUAUUAUGACAUAGCUGUGUAAUAUUAAGAUUCAAUGUAAGUAUUUAUUUAAAAGAUAAUCAUAGUAUAGUUGUCUGUUCAAGAAUGAAAUCAUUUUAAGAUUAUACAAAAUGUCAAAAUAUUAAGAAUACUAAUAACAACAAUGA